GUGCUGCGUCAACACCUUGUCGCCUGUUGCUCGGAGAAGGACAGCUUCACUUGACCUUCAACAAUUUCAUUUUAUCUUCAUAUUACCUUCUUCAUCUUUUUUUAGAGCUCUACCACCUUCUUCAGAGCUUUUAGAAUUGAAAAGACGUCUCCAUGGCUGAUCGCUACUCGUUCUCUUUGACUACCUUCUCCCCCAGUGGGAAGCUGGUACAAAUUGAAUAUGCCUUGAACGCCGUCAACCAAGGCGUAACUGCCCUCGGAAUCAAAGCAACAAAUGGGAUUGUUCUUGCUACCGAAAAGAAGUCGUCCUCCCCACUCAUUGACCCUCCCUCCCUCUCCAAGAUUUCCCUCAUCACGCCGGAUAUCGGUAUGGUCUAUGCUGGAAUGGGUCCGGACUACCGUGUACUAGUCGACAAGGCUCGCAAAGUCUCUCACACUGGCUACAAACGCAUCUAUAACGAGUACCCUCCAACUCGGAUACUGGUGCAAGAUGUUGCACGUGUCGUGCAGGAAGCAACACAAUCUGGUGGUGUCCGACCAUAUGGUGUCAGCUUGCUGAUCGCUGGCUGGGAUGAGGGUAUCGAGCCCGAAACAGGUGAAGCUCAACGCGGUGAUGAGGAGGACGAUCUCAAGAAGGCUACAGUAGCUACUGGUAAGACUGGUGGUAUCCUGAAGGGCGGUCCCAGCUUGUACCAAGUCGACCCCAGCGGCAGUUACUAUCCCUGGAAAGCCACGGCCAUUGGAAAGCAUGCAACCAGCGCCAAGACGUUCCUGGAGAAGCGGUACACAGAGGGGCUGGAGCUUGAAGAUGCCAUCCAUAUCGCCCUCCUUACUCUGAAAGAGACUAUCGAGGGUGAGAUGAACGGAGACACAAUAGAAAUCGGUAUUGUUGGCCCUCCCGCGGAUCAUCUUCUGGGUUAUGAAGGCGUUGAAGGAGCCAGAGGCCCCCGGUUCAGGAAGUUGACCAAAGAGGAGAUUGAAGAUUAUCUCACCAAUCUAUGAUGGAUUUUGUUUUGGUACGGUUUCUCAACUCUGCCAAGCCUUGUAGCAUAAUAGACGAUUCUUGAAUUCUACAAGGUCCCUUCGACCUAAUGACCAAAUUCAUAUGAGCAUUGCCCCUUAGAGUUCAGUGGAUACCCC